AUGUCAAAGGGAGACGGUCGCGCCAAAAAAGCCGAAUAUUUCGAAAAGCUCAAAAAUUUAUUGGAAGAAUACCCUUCCAUUUUUAUUGUAAAUGUUGAUAAUGUCGGUUCAAACCAAAUGCACCAAAUCCGUCAUAGCCUUCGGGGAAAGGCAGUAGUUUUGAUGGGAAAAAAUACAAUGGUCAGGAGAGCAUUAAAAAUUUUGAUUAGUGAAAAUCCUCAAUUUGAAAGGCUUUUACCUCAUGUGAAAGGUAACAUCGGAUUUGUGUUUACUAAAGCGGAUUUGAAGGAAACAAGAGAUUUGAUUUUGUCGAAUAGGGUUCGAGCACCCGCUAAGGCUGGUGCCGUCGCUCCAAUCGAUGUAUACGUUCCAGCAGGUAACACUGGUAUGGAACCCGGAAAAACAUCAUUCUUUCAAGCCCUUGGGGUUCCCACUAAAAUCGCUCGUGGUACAAUUGAAAUCAUCAAUGACGUACAUUUGGUGAAGGCUGGUGGUAAAGUUGGUGCUUCUGAAGCUACAUUAUUGAACAUGUUAAAUAUAUCCCCAUUCACUUAUGGGUUGACGAUCACACAAAUUUACGAUAAUGGCAAUUCAUUCAGUCCUUCUGUUCUUGACGUUGAGGAAUCUACUUUGAUCGACCAUCUAUUAAGUGGUAUCAAGACGAUCGCUGCUAUUUCAUUGCAAAUUGGAUAUCCUACCAUUGCAUCAGUCCCCCAUUCACUUGUCAAUGGGUUCAAGAAGUUAUUGGCUAUUUCUGUUACAACAGAUUAUACAUUUGCCGCCUCUGAGAAGAUUAAACAAUAUCUCGAAGAUCCAUCCGCUUUUGCCGUUGCGGCACCG